AGUUUAUCACCCUCCAUUUGAUUGUCAAUGUCAGAUAUUCCAAACAUCUAUUUUUAAAACAUGUCAGGUAGACUAAUAAAGUCGUACGCUGGAAGCUCUCUAGCAAACAUCGGUGUUGCGUUAUUUCAAGGUAGUCGUAUCGCCGGAAAAUUUUCGUCCACAGUUUUAUCGAUCGAAAACAGCGGUCGGUUAAGGAGUUUAAACAUUUUGUCAAAGCGCGCUCUGUCAAAUAUGACAAACGUCCCUACUGUCACGUUAAAUAAUGGUCAACAGUGUCCAGUAAUAGGAUUGGGAACAUGGCUUUCACCACCUGGCGAGUGCGAAAAGACUGUCAAACAUGCAUUAUCAGUGGGAUACAGACAUAUUGAUUGUGCCUGGCUAUAUGGAAACGAGAAGGAAGUGGGAGAUGGAGUUAGAGCAGCUAUUAAAGAAGGGAUCGUCAAGCGUGAAGAUCUAUUCAUAGUAACGAAAUUAUGGAAUACUUUUCACGAAAUACAAGAUGUAGUUCCCGCUAUUAAGACGUCAUUAGAAAACCUAGGUUUGGAUUAUCUUGACCUCUAUUUAGUCCAUUGGCCAGUAGCGUGUAAAAAUACAGGACCUAUUGAUUUCCAUUUGCCUUUCAAGGAUGCUGUUUACUAUGAUCACGACUUUUGUGAAACCUGGAAAGGAAUGGAGGAAUGUGUGGAUUUAGGUUUAACUAAGAGCAUCGGUUUGUCAAAUUUUAAUAGUAAACAAGUACAGCGAAUUGUUGACAAAGCAAGGAUUAAACCCGUUAUGAACCAGAUUGAAGUAAACCCGAGUUUGACCCAAAAAAAUCUAAUCGCAUUUUGUCGGGACCGAGGCAUCCAUAUAACAGCUUAUAGUCCUUUGGGAUCUCCAGCAAGACCGUGGAAAAAGCCCGGCGAAGCUUCCUUAGAUCUUGAAGAUCCGAAACUUGUAGAUAUUGGAAAAAAAUAUGGAAAGACAACCGCACAAAUAAUACUUAAGUAUCUUAUUCAAAUUGGAACUAUUCCCAUACCAAAAUCGUCUAAUCUAGAUCGCAUUGCCGCUAACAUACAAAUCUUCGACUUUGAGUUAACUCCAGGAGAUAUGUGCGUCUUGGACUGCUACAAUACCAAUACUAGAAUUUGCCAUGCAGAAGAAUUAAAGGAGAGUAACGAAUAUCCUUUCCGAGGCGUUGCAUUUUGAAACAGAUUUAUUAAUAAACAAACUUAUUUAUAAUUAGUUAAGUCUAGAUUAGAAUGUUUUAUGUAUAGUCUAUACAGCGAGUGAAUAUAUGAGAUGUGCGUGAAUUCUCUGGUUACUUUUUUUCUCUGUCAUGUUUAGACAUCGCCCGUGAAAAUCAUAUAUUCUCUCGUCGGACGGACCAUAUAAAAAUUGCAAUGGAAAUACCGAACUAUACAGAAUAAAAUAGGUAAAAUGCUCCUGUUAUAUUCUAAAAUUAACAUAAAAAUGGAUAUGAGUAAUUAAACGAAAUAAAAUUAGCACUAUUUAAU